AUUAUCGACAGCACUUACUUGCGACGAUGGCAGGUAAAGCACAAAAACCAAAGCCCACGCAGUCUGCGCUCGGUGCACCCUCACAACUGGCACAGGCAAGUAGAAAGGGGAAACGGGCAUGGCGGAAAAAUAUCGACAUGCAGGGUGUUGAGGACACCAUGGAAAGUUUGCGGGCAGAGGAACGCGUGAUCGGGUCGACGCUACAGAAGCAACCCGACGAUCAGCUUUUCGUGGUCGAUACUCGCGGGGACGAACAACUCCGAAAAUCCUUACCUAGAUACUCCAAAUCUCAACUCACAUCCACCAAAAUAAUAUCUGCCCGCUCCGCUGUCUCAGCCAUCACUUCCCGCACCCGCACAACAACAAAGCCAAAACUCACCCCCGCUGAAAAAUCCCGUCUUCUCCGUCUCGCGCAUCGACCUCGCAAGGGGCCUUUCAACGCCGUAAUGGACCCAACCGAACUCGGUGCGGGAAGUGCACCCAUCAAUGUAAGUCACGCCGUUCGAGAGAGCGGUACACGAGACUUGUGGGCGUCUACGGUGAAAGAAGGCGUUCCCGAUGGGUUGGAGAGUGUCAAACCGGCCGCGGUCAAAAAACCAGAUACUGAUCACCUCCGCAACAUCAUCGACGCUCUAGCUGUAUCCCUCCCUCUCGAAGGCGCAUCCUACAACCCACCCGUGAAAGCGCACCACGACCUUGUUCUGCAAGCAUACGCCGUCGAGAAACGUAAACAAGACAAAUUGGAUAAUUUAGCGAGCUACCGCGAAAAAAUCGAGCAGGCGAAGGAGAAUGCGGGCGACGUAGAGGGUGUCCCAAUCGGUAUGAUCCUCGAUGACGGGGUUGCAGAUAGCGAAGACGAGACGGAAGACAGGAGAAGAAGACGAAAACAGCAGCGUGCAAGGAUGAUGAAACUGAAAGCCGAGAAACAAGCUCUCGCCGAAAAAGCCCUUCGCAAACGUCUCCUACACGGCAUCAACUCUGUCAAAUCUCUCCGAUCCCAAAUUGGCAAAACUGCCAAAGCGCAGAACGAAGCUCGACUGGCACGCCAACUUGCCGCACGUCUCCGACUGCGCAAAGGGUUAGCAGGGCGUAAGUUUGGCAAACAUGUCGUCCCUGAGAGUCGAGUCGACUUGAGUGAGAACUUGAGGUCACUCAAGCCUGAGGGAAAUCUGUUCCGCGAUCGAUUCGUGAGCCUUCAACAGCGAGCGUUGGUCGAGCCUCGCGUUCCCGUGUUCCCUUCGAAACGAAGAGCAAAGCCGAUUCUGUACGAGAAGCAUGCUUACAAGCGGUUCCAGUAGUCCUUUGUUCGUUUGCUUGUACAACGUUGGGUAUUACUUUGUGUGCAAUAUAUAUAAAAAGGAAAAGACCUGAUAUGUACUGGAU